AAUAACAAAGACUUUAAUAGAUCAGGAUGGCCCUAGUUGGCGGGAGAAACUGCCACCAAUUCCAGUUGUCCCAGUUGCUGCUCAGCUACACAGGUGGGAUGGAGGAAACUUCACUUCAGAGAAUAAGCCAAGUGGGACUACAGAUGGCAACAGAGAAGAACAGUUGCAGAUGAAUCGUGAGAAAGCUGAGGAGAAGUUCAAGACGUUAAAAAAUGAAGGGAAUGAUUUUGUAAAAAAUGGUAAAUAUGAAGAAGCUGUAAAUAAAUACAGUGAAUGCCUGGAGUUAAAUACCAAGGAAUGUACCAUCUAUACUAACAGAGCUCUCUGUUACUUGAAACUGUAUAAAUAUGAAGAGGCUAAGCAGGAUUGUGAUCAUGUUCUUCAGAUAGAAGAUUCUAAUAUUAAAGCUUUUUAUAGAAGAGCACUAGCGUACAAAGGAUUACAGAAUUAUCAAGCCAGUGUUGAUGAUUUCAACAGAGUACUUCUAAUAGAUCCACAUGUUCUUGAAGCAAAAAAGGAACUAGAGGAGGUCACCCAACUGCUUACCCUUGCCAGUGGUGCUGUCGCUGGUGGUCAGCAAAAGCAAAGGAAGAAAAUAACCAUCCAAGAGGUGACUGAAUCUGAUGGAGAGGAAGAGAGACAGUUUGCUACAUCAGAAGAUGGGGCGACCGACCACGUUACUUCUAAGGAAGCAGCUCAGCAGCGCGUGCCCCUUCAGACCCCUGAGAAGCUGCACAUUUCCGAACCGUCUACUGCUUACGACUUCGGUCAGAUUGUAAAUGCAGUGAACAGCCGUAAGGAUAAAGCUGCUUGUGCAGAUCUUCUGACAAUUACUGAUCCAAAAAAAUUGCCAAUGCUCCUAAGUAACAAACUUGAAGGAGAAACCCUUUUGAUCUUUAUCCAGUCGUUGGAAUGUUAUGUACUUGGGAAAGAUCCUGGCCUUGUGUAUCAGCACCUUUUCUACCUGAGCAAAGCAGAAAGAUUUAAGAUAGAAAUGUUUUACAUUAUAUACAGAGUACGAACUCUCGUGGAGGGUACGACAGAUAACACACUUGGAGCCACCACUUGCCGUAUCGUUUUGCGAGUUGCCUGUUCUUGCGAUAAGAAGCGUCUUCGAGAUAAGCGGGUCAGCUAG